UGUCAUUUUACAAAUCACGUUGAAUCGAAAUGAGCAAGUCAAUUUGUUGUGAGAUUUUGUGACUUCUAGUGAGAUGAAAGAUGUAUGUCGGUUGAAAGUAGGAGAAUUCAAAUUGAAAAUAUGAAUUAGGGAAUAAUUAUCAUUCCGAAUGAGAGAAAACAAAAAAAAGGAUAUGAGAAGGUUGAGAAAAAUCCUAGUGUAGAUUGUUUAGAAAAGUAUAUUUAGAUAUUUAUAAAAUUACAAAACAAUCUGAUAACAGAAUUUCGCACAGAUAAUUAGCGUAUUUAAAGUCAUGCCAUGUCAGUGAAAGUUAAUUCAAUUAAGAAUAUUAAGAUGGUUUAUGAUAUCAGAUGGAUUUUACCCAAUAUGAGAAAUCAGUCCAAAUUAUGGACAAUAGCAAGUACAAUAACGGUGGCUGCAGUUGGUCUUUUCAGCAAAAUCUUUAUAGGAUGGCUAAGCAAGACAAAAAUUCAUAACCUAAAAACCAUGAGUUUAUUAUUGGAUAAAAGGCCUAAAAAUGUACCUUUAUUAACUGUUUCAAAUCAUCAUUCUUGUUUUGAUGAUCCAGGACUUUGGGGUACUCUUAAUUGGAGGCAUCUAUUAAGACCUUCUGUGAUGAGGUGGUCCUUAGCAGCUCAUGAUAUUUGCUUUACUUGUUGGCAACAUGCUUCAUUUUUUGCUUUGGGAAAAUGUAUUCCUGUAAUUCGUGGUGCAGGUGUUUACCAAGAAGCUGUGGACCUAUGCAUAGAAUUGUUGGCUACAGGAAGUUGGGUUCACAUAUUCCCAGAAGGAAAGGUCAACAUGACCAAGGAACAUAUGAGGUUUAAGUGGGGUGUAGGACGAAUGAUAUUUGAGGCCCCUGUGACACCUAUCGUCCUUCCAAUAUGGCAUAUUGGAAUGGAUGAUGUCCUACCCAAUGAGCCACCUUACUAUCUUCAUAUCAAGAAAAAAUUAACGUUCAAUUAUGGAGAACCAAUAGAUCUGACAGAUAUGGUUAAAUCAUUGAAAGAGAAAAAAGUGACUGAUGUAGAAGCUAGAAAGGCUAUUACAGAUUUCUUAGAAGAAGAAUUGUACAAACUGAAGGUUAAAACAGAAGAAUUGCAUAAAAAUAAUUUUCCUUAAUGAAUAGGAAUGUUUAUAAAUUUUUCAUAGUACUAUUGUCAUCUACUUGUGCUAGUCAUUUUUUUUACUCUAUGCAAUUGAACAGAAAAAAUUGAUAUGGUACAAUUUUAAAAAUUUAAUUUCGAAUGAUGGAAAAAGUCUGGAGCGACGAAAAAUCGAGCGAUAUAUACCAUUUUUUUUGGGUUACUGGAGUAUUUCUCCUAAACUUUUGGUUAUUUGGUAAACGGGUGCAACUUUUAUUGAAUAGUAUAAAAAUAAGACAUGAACAGAUAUUUAUAUAAAUGAAAAUGUUGAUUCCAUCAAAAAUUUAUCUAGAAUAAGAAUUUGUAUUGGUAUGAAGUUCUUAUAAUAUACUUUACAAUCAGCUACAUAGACUCAGAUUUCCAAAAAUGUUUAGUAGGUGCAAAUGAAAUAUUCAAUUGUAUCUGAAUAUAAAGUAUUUAAAUAUUGUAUAUCAGUCUAGUGAGUACAAUACAAAACAUUCCAUCAGUAUCAAUAAAAAAAUGCCAACUCCAA